AUGGCGUAUUUUAAACGUCGUCUUGCUUCUUUCGUUAUUCUAUUUCUUUUAUUUAUCUUACCUGGCACACAAGCCUGGGAACAACUUGACCAUGAAAUUUUUGAUCUUGUUGACCAGUUGACGAUGAAUGAAGGAGAAGAAGCUACAUUUUACUCUUUACUUGGGAUAGAACCUUCAGCCACAGAAAAAGAAAUCGGGAGAGCAUAUAGAAAGCUCUCAUUAGCUUUGCAUCCCGAUAAAAAUCCUGAUGAAGAUAGCAAGGAAAAGUUUGCGUUAUUAGGUUCUAUCACAGCAAUACUUCGUAAUUCAGAAAAUCGAGAACGUUAUAAUUUUUUUCUAAAAAAUGGUGUUCCCAAAUGGAGAGGAACUGGCUGGUACUAUAGUCGUUAUCGACCAGGUCUUACGGGAGUUCUUACCGGUCUAUUUGUGUUAUGUUCCUUUUUACAUUAUCUUGUUAUGUGGGUGAACUUUUUUCAAGAGAAAAAACGAGUUCGUUUUUUCAUGAAUCAAGCUAGAGAAAAUGCAUGGGGUAAACGAAUGAAAAAACAAUAUACUAGAAAGAAAGUUUCUGUACAAGAUAAACAAUUCAUUGUAGAUGGAGAUCAGGUGGCAUUUCUCACUGAUGAAGGAGAAUUUGUGCUGAGCGAAGAUGAAGUUGCCAAACCUGGCUUAGGUGAUUUAUUUCCAGUUUUGGUUUAUAAGAAAGUUUUAAAUAAAAUUUUGAUAGGUCUUAAGAAAAAAUCACUUAAAGAAAAGGAAACAUCCCAUGAUGAUAAAGAACCAUUUUCUAGUGAUGAUGAACGAAGUGAAGCAGGUGAUAAUCCAAAGAGUAGAGUACGCCGACGUAAAUUAGACAGAAGAAUUAAACCGAAACAUUAA